GGCAUCACGCCAGCGCUGCGCUGUCGCCACCGGCAGCGGCAGAAGACACCCGAUGCAGAAUCAGCAGCAGUGCGCUCAGAACAGUGCAACGCCCAGACGCGGGGAGAGCGACGAAGCCCGUCCUGACCAGAAGACCGAGGAAGGUUGCAGCGCGAGCCUCGGGCGGUGGCCGGCCAUUGUGGUGCAACAUCUUUACGUGCCGCCGACUUGCACGGGCUUCCUCCGCGAGAUGCUCUGGUCACUCGGAUCAUUCGUCGCCGAACGUGAACGGCCCUCUAUCUUCCAACCUUUCUACUCGGCUUCGAAUGUCGACGACGGAGUGCCCGAGCCACAACAGAAGCCCGUCCUCUGCGAAUGCGACGUAGGCGUAAUCCAGCAGCCAGCGCAGUCAGCUCAGUUGAUGCAGUUCGACGUGGAGCACAGGGAGGACGAAGAAAACGGCACUGAAGAGCUGCACGCCGUUACCGACGACAAAGACGUCGCGGCACUGCACACGACGACGGCCGACGGUAGCGGUGACGAGCAGCGGAAACCGGCGCUCAUCGAGCGUCACCGGGCAAAUUCAGAGCCGGAAGCCAACUACGGUCCGGUGACGACGACCCGCGGCGCAAUGCCCGUAACGCUGAUGCACUGGGUACGCGUUGACAUCGGUGCAUGGCGCAGUGCGGGUGGUCAAUUUCCCCAAACACUGCACUGCGGCCAUAAACUCAUCGGCUGUCUGCACGUGUACCCCGCGUGGCCUCGUGCUGCGAGAAAUUGCCAAGGCUGACUCGGGCACUGGCAGCCGGCUGGCCAGGACGUCCAACGGCAGUGCCUCGUUGACAGCAGUCAGCUGCGCGCUUAUGUCACUUGCGGUUGCAAGGCUUCAAACCCUCUGCGACAGCACGUCCUUAAGUGCGUUACGCCUGGUCACGAAGUAGGACGAAGAAGGAUUCAACGAGUGCUUUUGCAUUGUCAUCCAGGCAAAAGUAGCACAAGACUGGCCCUUCGACGGCGUGCGUCAACUGGCCGUGUCGGGGAAUGUCCAUGUGUCCUGCGGCUCGGGCUGACGUGUGACCUGGACGUCAGUGCGGAGACGAUAUUGCCGUACACACCAUCUGUCAAGCUAGCCCCAUGCUGCGACAUGUGGUUUCUCGUCGUCCCGAUGCCAGAAACGGCUCAGCGCUAAUGCAAGGGGCCGCGCAGCCAUCACAGAGAUGUUGGUUAAACGGUCACGUUUGACAGCCGGGGACGCCCAAUUCGUGUCUGACAUUUUAUGACAUUUUUAGUAGUAUCUGUUUGCUGUAAUUUUUAAUUUAUUUAUCAUGACAAUUUUAUGUAUAGGCACUAACGUGCGUUUUGUCUGGCAAUACUUAUGCUUAGAACGCACUUCAAUUUUGCGGAGUUCCUUUAUUUUAUUUGUUGGAAUAAAAUACAUGUAUGAUGUAUGUAUCAUGACCAACCUAUUUAAUACUGCCGCUGUAGAACGAAAUUACUCUUGU